UUCUCUACUCUAUCUCUAUUGGAAAUGUAUAUUGUAACUACUAACUACCAACGCAUAAGUUAUUAAGCGCUGUCCGCUGUCUGUUGAGGUAUGUGUUGCCAUCUGUUCGACUAUGUGUUUCCAUCUGAUUCUGACUCCAAUAAGUGCGAUGAUUUUUCUGCCCAUGCAGCCUGUGUGAACUUCACAUUUAUGGCAAGCGCAACGCUUCCGCUCCAAAAUGUUACCGUUUGACCGCAACACACCACGUUUGUCAUGAAAUUCACACUUCAGGCGCACACAUUCGCGGAUGACGAAGAUCCAGAAGACCUGCACGACCCCAUUCGUCUUGUGGGGCUCAUUGGCGCUGGAAAUUGAUCAUAGUGGAAGUGCAGUAUCUUCAUUCAGCCAACGGUGACAUUCACGACGCGGUGCGCGCAGACUGGCAGGCUGCUGUACCGGCACUAUGGAGGAGAAAAACAAGGACGAUAACGCCACGAAGGGACAGGAAUCGAUGUCCUAUCAACGGAGGAUGUGGAAGAAUUUUCAAGAAAAAACCAAACCGUUUUUGAGUCCCAAAUUGGUCUCUGAACGUCGCAAUACAGACGGUAAAAAGGAGACGGGGUUAUGGAUGUUUAAAAGGAAAAAGAAACAGUUGGACCGUGUCUUUUCGUCCUCACAGCCCAAUCUCUGCUCCUCUACCCCGUCGAUUUUCCCGGGCGACCUGUCACUCGGCGGUACAGCGGACCCUGGGAACAGCAGCACGGGACAACCUAUGCAACAGCUGCUGGGGGCGGAUGGAGUGUCGGCAAGCAAGCCAGAGCUAACGGGACACGAGUGCCCGAAGCUCAUCGUCUCCCAUUUAAUCAUGUCCCACCAGAAGAGCUCCUCUCUCGGCUCUGCAUGCUUCGAGAAGCUGGUAGUAAAAUCUGCGGACGUUGGAGAAAAGGAACAGCUCCGCAAAAACGCCAGUGAUUCUGGCAUCAACAUCGUGGAGCCAAGUAAUGCUGAGACCGCCCUUGUCACCAACCCAGGGAUGUACCAGCUGGACAUCAUACUGAAGAAAGGACACAACCUCGCCAUCAGGGACAGAGGAGGGACAAGUGAUCCGUAUGUGAAGUUUAAGAUCGGUGGGAAGGAGGUGUUCAGGAGCAAGACUAUCAAUAAGAACCUGAACCCAGUGUGGGACGAGAAAGUCAGCCUACUGGUGGACAGCCUCCGAGAACCCCUCUAUGUCAAGGUGUUUGACUAUGACUUUGGCCUUCAGGAUGACUUCAUGGGUUCUGCCUACCUCUACCUGGAGUCUCUGGAACACCAGAGGAACCUGGAUGUGACCCUUGAUCUUGUGGACCCCCAGUUCCCCGACCAUGACCUGGGAACUCUAGACCUGGCAGUCACACUGUCACCCAAAGAGGGAGACUUCAGGGAAGCUACCAUGCUUUUGAGAAGGAGCUGGAAACGAUCCAAUAAGCAGCUGCAUUCAAGUAUGCGGUUGUCAGAUGUCCACAGGAAAGCUCAGCUGUGGAGAGGUAUAGUGAGCAUCAGUCUGAUUGAGGCUCGCGACCUCCAGCCUAUGGACGCCAACGGCUUCAGUGACCCCUACGUCAAAUUCAGACUGGGCCAUCAGAAAUACAAGAGCAAGACGAUACCCAAGACUUUGAACCCCCAGUGGAGAGAGCAGUUUGACUUCCAUCUGUAUGAGGAGCAGGGGGGCUUCAUCGACAUCACCGUCUGGGACAAAGACGCAGGCAAGAAGGACGACUUCAUGGGCAGGUGUUUGAUUGACCUGUCGCCGCUGAGUAAAGAGCACACUCAUAAGUUGGACGUACCGCUGGAGGAGGGCGAGGGCAUGCUGGUGCUGCUGGUCACACUCACGGGGGCUGCAGCAGUGUCCAUCUCGGACCUGUCGGUCAAUAUUCUGGAUGACCCACACGAGAGACACCAGAUACUACAGAGAUAUAGUGUGCUGAGGUCGUUCCACAACCUGAAGGAUGUGGGUAUGGUCCAGGUGAAGGUCAUCAGAGCAGAGAGGCUGAUGGCGGCAGACGUCACAGGUAAGUCGACUGAAACUCCUUCAAUUGACGUGAAGACCGUCUUCUCCGCCAUCAAGAGCGAAGCGUUUUAGUAAAUCUGUCGGCUUAAAAACUCACCUGCUUGUCUUGUUAGUUUCUACCAAAUUGAACCGUCCCAUGCCAAGUGUAUAAAACAUCAAUCCAUCGAUGUAUUUGUAAUUGACGAUGGCCAACAAGAACCCAUCGAGACAGUAUCCAGACCACAGAACAACUUAUUUCUUUUGGAUUUAAUUCAUAUAGGGGAGAGGCUUCAUUUAAACCACCAAGUCUCCAAAAUAUUUCUCUCACAUCCUAGUUUCCCCAUUAAUUUAUACUUUUAAUGAGGUCUACAGUGGACAGGCCUACUUUACUGUUUGGCAGUGUGUGUGUUAUCUAGUGGAAGCGAAGUGGGAGUGAGUUAGCUUGGCCUUAUUCAGGGGAGAGGACCCACACACAUUAGCAGCUAGAGCCACGCUCCUCUGUUUCCUUGUUGGAGAUAGCGAAGCGGCAGUAACAAGGGCUAAUGGCUCUGCCUUUUGUUUUUCUACCAGAGAAACAAAUGGAAAUCCCUCCGCUAUGUGCUGCUGACCUCAAUACAGAACUCAUAUCUCAGUCUGGGUCCUACUGCGGCUAUUCUACAGUUAACUAUUCAGCCACUCUCAGCCCAGAACUUCUGCAGAAAUGUGUUUCUUGUGUAAUGAUGGACAGAUAGGGCCUACGAUAGGGAAGUGCGUCGGAUAGCCACCAAACCGUUUAGUUCAACAGAGGUGCAAUGCCUCGAAUGAGUGAAGUUGUGUGUCCUCCUUUCAUGCAUUGUACUCCGGUGGUGUUGUCAGCGUGAGCAUUUGUGGAGAGCUAGGCACUGUCAAGUAUCACCAUUUUGAGCCCCUCUCUCUCUCUCUCUCUCUCUCUCUCUCUCUCUCUCUCUCUGUUAGGUUGUCCUCUCCACCCUUAAUUUCACAAUAUCACUCCUAUCCAGAUGGUACAUACCCUCCACUAAUCCCACCCUCACAGAGGGUUCAGCUGAUCGACCACCCCAUCUCUCAGAUGGUUUGCUCCGUCCUCUAAUCCCACCCUCACAGAGGGUUCAGCUGAUCGACCACCCCAUCUCUCAGAUGGUUUGCUCCGUCCUCUAAUCCCACCCUCACAGAGGGUUCAGCUGAUCGACCACCCCAUCUCUCAGAUGGUUUGCUCCGUCCUCCACCCCCUCAGAUGGUCAGGUCCACCACGCUGACCUGCUAACCUUGCCCGGCUGUUCCAGUGUGUGUUUGUUUUUGUGUGUGCGUGCGUGUGGCGUUCCCAAGGGAAUGAGAGGGGGCGAGGGAGAGACCAUGAGAGAGUCCAUGAGAAUGAGAGAGAGAGAGAAACAAUGAGAGAGAGAGUCCUUGAGAAUGAGAGAGAGAGAGAGACCAUGAGAGCGAGAGAGAGACCAUAAGUGAGAGAGAUACCAUGUGUGUGAGAAAUACCAUGUGAGAGAGAGAGACCAUGUGUGAGAGAGAGACCAUGUGUGAGAGAGAGACCAUGUGUGAGAGAGAGACCAUGAGAGAGACCAUGAGAGAGAGAGAGACC